AUAUCCAAAAUGGCUAAGCUUAUUUCCUUAUUACUAAUCGCUUUCUCCCUCGCCGCCGCCGGCGGCGCCGCCGCCAGAAUUCUCGAUCAAAUUACCCCCCCAAUCCCCUUCCCCGACGACCCCCUCCCGCCGCCGCCCACCACACCACCGGUGGAGGAUCAACCUCCGGCGACCACCACCGCCGCUCCAGUCGCCCCAACAGAACCGGCACCGGCACCCCCCGCCGUAGCACCGCCGGCAGUAACGCCGCCGGAGACUGGCGGCGGCGGAGGAGCUCCGGGAUUUUCGUUCUUCAUGCACGAUAUCCUCGGCGGCACGCGGCCGUCGGGGCGGGUGGUCACCGGAAUCGUGGCGAGCUCCGACGCCGGCGGGCUGCCGUUCUCGAAGCCGAACAACCAGAUCUUCCCCGUCAACGGCGGCGUCCCACUCAACACCGUCACCGGAUUCGUGAACAACAACAACUACCCGUUCCUCGUCGGCCUGAACGGCGCCUCCGCCGUUGCCGGCGCCAGAAACGGCGCCUUUCUCCAGAGCAACGGCAACAAUGUCCAGACCGGCGACAGCCAGGCCUUCGUGUCGGCGGGGCAGCUGCCGCAGGGCGUCACUCUGCAGCAACUGAUGUUCGGGUCGGUGACGGUGGUCGACAACCAGAUCACGGCGGGGCACGAGCUCGGCGCGGCAGUGCUCGGCGGCGCCCAGGGCUUCUACAUCGCGAGCUCCUCCGACGGCAGCGCCCACACGCUGGUCCUGUCGGCGAUUUUCCAUUCCGGCGGCGAGCACCAUGAAAUCGUCGAUACUCUGAGCUUCUUCGGGAUCCACCGGACGGCGGCGCCGGUGUCGCACAUCGCCGUGAUCGGCGGCACCGGAAAGUACGAGAACGCGAAGGGGUACGCGACGAUCGAGACGCUGCCGCACGUGGAUCAGCACACCACCGACGGGAUCGAGACCAUUACGCAUUUCACUGUCUACCUGACGCCAUGAUCGGGGGAGACUGGAGCUUUGAGACGGCGUCGUUUCAGUGUUUGUGCUCUGUUUGUUUGUGUUUGUUUCGAUUUUCCUUUUUUUCUUUGUUGUGUGCAUGUAUGUAUUGUUGCUAAGGAAAUUAUGGAUUUGUUUUGGUUGUAUUUUCACAAUUUCACUCACUAUUUUAACUAUUUAUCUACUGUAAUUUAAUUUUUUUUGUUAGUCUUAAAAAUGUCGUAUUCUAUUUUAUAAAAGUU